CAUUCAGUUUAAACUGAAGCCAUGUCGGCUCACUGUCCACCCUUUAAGCGUAUCUUAAAGUGUAUUUUGUCUGAUCUGAAACUGUGUGUCAUGUUUUCACGGUUUCUCUGUACACCGGUCUUCUCUCAUGGCAGAAUCAAUGUAAACACGCCGUUCGAGAGUGAUACGGAGCCACAUCGGAUCAUUCAGCACUCGUCCCAGCGCCAUUCAACUCAUCAAACAAAGGAUGUAAUAACACAUGUAAAGAGGAUCUCUAUUGAGGGCAACAUAGCGGUUGGGAAGUCCACUUUUGCAAGGUUGCUGAGCAGUGCACGGCUAAACUGGGAAGUCACAACUGAACCUGUUAGCAAAUGGCAAAAUGUUGAAAAGGCAACUUCACAAAUAAGACAGCCAGUGCCAUCUACCCAGCAAACGACCAGCAACCUGUUGCAAAUGAUGUAUCAAGAUCCCAAACGCUGGUCAUACACCUUUCAAACAUUUUCCUGCAUGACCCGUAUGCGCAUGCAGCUGCAGCCGCCUCCUGCACGGUUCCUGCAAGCAGGAGAUGUUGCUGUACAGGUGUAUGAACGUUCCAUUUACAGUGAUAGGUAUAUUUUUGCUCAGACCAUGUUUGACCUAGGCAGUAUAAACUCCACAGAAUGGGUUGUAUAUCAGGACUGGCAUUCCUUUCUUGUUGAGCAGUUUGGUCCUAAGGUACAACUAGAGGGAAUCGUAUACCUUCGGGCACCUCCACAGACCUGCAUGGAGCGUCUGAUCCGCCGAGGUAGAGAAGAGGAGCAGGGAAUACAGCUGGACUACCUUGAGACGCUACAUAAACAGCAUGACAACUGGCUCAUAAACAAAUCUACAAAGGUUCACUUUGAUCAUCUGAAAAAUAUUCCAGUUCUGGUGCUAGAUGGUAGUCUGGAGUUUGAGAGUGACUCUGAGAUACAGACCAAAUUUAUAACGGAGGUCACUAAAUUCUUCCAGGAGUUCUGAAUAUCCAAGGAAAGGACCAAACACAAGUCUCAGACCAGUGGACCGUCUGCUGAUUAUCCUCGAUUUAUACAGUUUGUAUUAGCUUUUAAUUUUUUUCAGUACUUGACAACCUCACAUAACUAUAUUCAUCGUGAUAGUUAUUCAGAGUUACAAAGUUCUGAAGACUAUGAAACCUUUUUUUCUUUCCAUGGACAAUCUAUAAAUUUAUAUGUAUACAGCUGAGUAUGCACAUUUUUAGGAAUGACAAAAUAAACUUGAAUAACCUGGUUACACAAGAGUGCAC